UUGAGGAACCACAAAUCCCCUUUGUGUUGGGCUCUUGUCCCACGGUGCUGAACACUGCGGCCAUUCACAGUCCGAAACGAGGGGCUGACGGCGAGCUUUAGCUCUGCAUAGAAACUGGAAUUUUCCUCUGGGACAGAAGCUACAAAGCUCGAGGGGAAAAAUGCCCAAGUUCAGCACCGAUUUGUUUCAUCCCAUCAACAGCAAAGCAGGAGCGUAGGGGACUCCCCUCUUCCCCGGGCCAAAGGCAGGUCCAGGAUGGAACAUUCCUGCUCGCUCCCACUGCUCUGUGUUAGUUUUCUCUUUGCGGAAGCUUUACCACCCAAUGGAACUGAAUUGCCAAAACCAACGACAACAACAAACUCUACAGAGGAGAACAGUUUGCACAAGGAUCUAUUGACUUCCAUGCUGAUUCUGCUCCUGGUCUUCAUCAUUUUCAUUCUGUUGGCUGGCUAUUUUUUCAGGUUCAGAAGACAUAGGAAAGCUGUUGUGAACUCUGGGGACAAAAAGAUGCCAAAUGGGAUCUUAGAAGAACAAGAACAGCAACGGGUGAUGCUGCUCGGUAGGUCUCCCUCGGGCCCAAAGAAAUAUUUCCCUAUUCCCGUGGAAAACCUUGAAGAGGAAAUACGGAUGCGAUCAGCAGAUGAAGGAAAACUCUUCCGUGAGGAGUUUAAUUCAUUAACACCUGGAUAUGUGCAGGGAACAUUUGAAAUGGCAAAUAAGGAAGAAAACAGAGAGAAAAACAGAUAUCCUAACAUCCUGCCGUAUGAUCAUUCCAGAGUGAUUUUGACCCAAAUCGAUGGAGUCUCAUCUUCAGACUACGUUAAUGCAUCAUAUAUAGAUGGCUAUAAAGAAAAGAAUAAAUUCAUAGCAGCACAAGGACCGAAGCAAGAAACAGUGAACGAUUUCUGGAGGAUGAUAUGGGAGCAGAAAUCGGCCAUUAUCGUCAUGUUAACCAACCUGAAAGAAAGAAAAGAGGAAAAAUGUUACCAGUAUUGGCCUGACCAAGGGUGCUGGACCUACGGAAAUAUCCGCGUGUCCGUGGAGGAUUGCAUAGUUCUGGUGGACUACACCAUCCGCAAGUUCUGCGUCCAGUCCCUUCAUGAUGGUUGUAAAGCUCCGAGGCUCGUUACGCAGCUUCACUUUACCAGCUGGCCUGAUUUCGGGGUGCCUUUCACGCCUAUUGGGAUGCUGAAAUUCCUGAAAAAAGUCAAAACAUUGAAUCCUGCCCACGCUGGACCAAUUGUGGUUCACUGUAGCGCCGGCGUGGGUCGCACGGGCACGUUUGUCGUGAUCGACGCCAUGAUCGACAUGAUGCACGCGGAACAGAAAGUGGACGUUUUUGAGUUCGUUUCAAGGAUCCGGAAUCAGCGUCCGCAGAUGGUUCAGACUGACAUGCAAUACUCCUUCAUUUAUCAAGCCUUACUCGAAUACUACCUCUACGGUGACACGGAGCUGGAUGUGUCAUCCUUAGAAAAACACCUACAAACGUCACACAACGCGGCGCCCAACCUCGUCAAAAUAGGCCUAGAAGAGGAAUUUAAAAAGUUAACGAACGUUCGAAUAAUGAAGGAAAACAUGAGAACUGGCAAUCUCCCCGCAAACAUGAAGAAAGCUCGAGUCAUCCAGAUUAUCCCGUAUGAUUUUAAUAGAGUGAUUCUGUCGAUGAAAAGAGGGCAAGAGUAUACAGACUACAUCAAUGCUUCCUUCAUAGAUGGCUAUCGCCAGAAGGAUUAUUUCAUUGCCACGCAGGGCCCGCUGCCGCACACGGUGGAGGAUUUCUGGCGCAUGGUGUGGGAGUGGAAGUGCCACACCAUCGUGAUGCUCACCGAAGUUCAGGAGAGGGAGCAGGAAAAAUGCUGCCAGUACUGGCCAUCAGAGGGCUCUGUAACUCACGGAGAGAUAACCGUAGAAAUCAAGAAUGACAGUCUGUUAGAUGCCAUAAGUGUGAGGGACUUCCUAGUUACAUACAAUCAGGGUAACCAGGAGAAGCAAAGCAGGCUCGUUCGGCAGUUCCACUUCCACGGGUGGCCGGAGAUCGGGAUUCCUGCGGAAGGCAAAGGGAUGAUCGACCUGAUCGCAGCCGUCCAAAAGCAGCAGCAGCAGACAGGCAACCACCCCAUCACUGUGCACUGCAGUGCUGGCGCUGGCAGAACAGGCACCUUCAUAGCACUCAGCAAUAUUCUGGAGCGAGUGAAGGCUGAAGGGCUCUUAGAUGUAUUUCAAGCUGUGAAGAGCUUAAGACUGCAAAGGCCACAUAUGGUGCAAACACUGGAACAAUAUGAAUUCUGCUACAGAGUGGUACAAGAUUUCAUCGACAUAUUUUCCGAUUACGCUAAUUUCAAAUGAAAACUCCUGCCUUAUUUUUUAAUUUGUCUGUAUAAAUAGUUGUAUAUUCUGUUAAUUUAUUCCAUGUCAUUCUGAUUGUUGACUUUACUGUAAAUAUAACCUUGUGUUUGCUCUAAAAGUUGCAUUUGCUGUAUAAAGUUAUUUCGUAAAUAUAAAUAUCUUCUAAAGUGAAGUAUAAUGUUCAUACACAGUAUAUAACUAUAAGAUGGUAUAGAAAUCUUUAUUCUAAAUAACAGUAAAUUAAUUCUUGAGGGUCUAUUUCUUUGAAGUUUUCCACUUCUAAGUAUUUAUCAAUAAUGUUAUCUCCCAAUUCUUGGAACUUUACACAGGUGAUUUACAUUUCGCACUUAAAAAAAAGUGAAUUGUGGUACAUAAGCUUAGACUAAACAUGUUUUGGCCAUGAACUUUUCUUCACUAUGAAAAUGGAUCUUUAUUUGGAGGCACAUUCUGAUAACCUGCUCAUGCUUGCUUGUAAUUUAUUUCACAGAUGGUCUCAUUGAAGGCAAAGAGGCUUCGCGUGAAGUGCUGUUAAUGAUAAAGGGAUCAGAAUGUGGCUCUUCAUGUGUAAUAAUGAACAGUCCAACUGAAGAAUAUAACUGCUUUUAAAGUCUGUUUUUAAGAACCUCCAGGUUAUGGCAGUUGUAUUUUGAGGCUUAUUGUCAAUAGGAUAUAACCAGUAUAAAUACAGAUUUGAAUUUUUGCUUCAAUAUAGCUUUCAAAGUCCGUUUAUUUUGUUUUUUUCCUAAAUAAUACACCAGCUUCAAUCAAUUUAGAAAGAUAACAAUGUGAGUUUAUCACUAUUUUGAGAAUAUUUUGCAUAUCAGAAGAAUAUAUUUUGCAACACCUGGACUUGUCUACUUGAAGAGACUUUAUAGCCGUUGUCAGAAAUGGCGAUAAAUGGCAGUAUCUCUAUAUACACGUGCGUAAUUUCCCAUUGCUUUGAGAAAAGGUGAAAGGGAUGAAGUGUUAUUCUUUGAUUCAACUCAAACAUUUUGACUCAAAAAAGGUUUUACUGACAGUGUAAUGCUAGCAACAUUAAGCCUUGUAGCAAAAGCUCCUUUAUGUUCUUACCCUCCCAUAUAGAUUAUCAAAAAAGGAACUAUUCCAUUAUCUAAAAGGAGUAUAUCAUUGUGUACAUAGAUAUAUUUUUAAAGAAAGUACUACUGAUAAUAUAAUUGGUGAAAUAAAGUUUAGAAGGCUUUAUUGUAGCCCUGAACAGGAUCCGCUUGGGGUUUAGAAAAUCCAAAACGUACGGGGCAUCCGAAUGUUGAAUAAUUAAAAAGUAUAUAUUUUCCACUCAUGAAAAUGAAUAUAUGGAUUAAUGAGCACAAAGUCUUGUGAAUAUGUACUUUAAUUACGUAACUAAUAUGCAAUAGUUCUGUCUCGUCCACUUGGUUGGGUUUUCUCAAUGCAAACAUAAAAGCCUUAUUUAAAAUAAGCAGCUUACACAGAUCAUUUCACUGUUCUUGCACUAUUUUAUCGCAUGGCUGUUUUUAUGUCCGCUAACAGAUCGCGUUACACUCCAUAACAACGCAAGGGGACGGGAAGGUGUUCAAACCUCCCCUUUUAUUUCAUUUUGGAUGGAAAAGGUGCAGUUUAGAAACUUCUGUUCUGAUCGCUGCCAUUUACUGCUUCUUGUCUUCCCAUCGCCGCACAUCUGUAUGUAUUUGUACAGUAAAUUAUGCACUUAAACAAGAUUGUUUAACGACUAAACCUUUGUUGUGAGUUGCUAUGAGAAGAUACGCUCAAGCCGCUGAGGGUGUUGAGUAACGACAACAAAUGCUGAGUAAGUUUACACUACUGCAUGCGGUAAUUUUAUCAAGUUUUCAAAAGCCAUCAAAGAAAUUUGCUAUGGAAACCGCUACAGCGAGGUUUUCAGCAUGAUCAUUUGUAGCACAGGGAGACUCAGAGAGGUGCAACUAUGAUAGGAAAUAACGCAGAGGAAUUCCCACCGUUUUGCAAGGCCAUUUGUUUUAUGGCUCCGUUAAAUCCCAAUGUCAGGAUCUUUUUGAACAUUCUGCCUACGAUUGAAAAACUAAUUUGUCUGUUGGGCAGCUUUUUGGGUCCCUUAAAUAAAAGCUGGGAUUAAGGGUUGCCACCUACCCGUGGGGUUUACUCCAGGGGUUCGUUCUGCAGCUACUCAUAGUUACAGCCAGGAGUAGAAUGGAGUUAAACUGAUACAUCAGAUACUGAGUGGGUACUUGGAUUUUAGUUGCUGACUAUAUUAAGAUAUGUAGGAGGAAGCAGAAAUAGCUAUAAUAUGUUUCAGAAGUCACCAAUAUAGUUACACAGUGGCUUUUUUUAUCAUUUAAGAGCUUGCUUUCCAGUUUGUGUGUUCAGUCCACAGACUGCUCCUUGCAGCAGCCAACCUGGGGAGCUGGAUAUAGAUAGAUAUGAAUUUUCUUUUAAAUGUUCCUCUGUUGCAUGGAAUGACUUUAAAAUGCCAAACAGUCGAUUAGAAGCUGUACGUUCUGAUCUGUGUGUGGUUUUGGUCACUAUGUGACUUGGCUGUUUUCCCGUGUUCAGAUGGGUUCCAGUUCACCUCAGCAUUUAAGCAUUCGCUUUACGACAUCUCGCCAGACAUUUCAGUCCCGUAGGUUCUGUGUUCCCGAAGCAGUCCCUUAAGUGCUUUGCUGAAUUGGGCCUUAACGAAGAAUGCAUACUGUAAUUAGCAGUGGUUUUUUAGGGUAUUUUUACGUAUCAGUUUUUUAAACUUUUCAAAUGAGCCUGACCGCCUGUGUUCGGUAUUUUGAAAUGUUUUCAUUUCCCCAGUACCAUUUUUAAUGUAAAGUUAUUGAAACUUUUCUGUAUAACCCAAUUGUAUUUAAUUUGUCAAAUCUUUAUAAUAUAUGUAUGUAUUAUACAGUUUCAGCUAUUAUUAUUUUCUUUUAUUACAUUUAUAAUUUCAUCUUCCUGUGUUUUUAAUGCCGGUGAAUGUCGCUGAAUUAUUUGUAUAUGCAAAUUGCAAGAUCUAAUACAUUCUGAUGCAAGAACAAA